AUGUACGGCUGUGUGAUGACUUCAAAGAGAAUGCUGAGAUUGGAAGAGACAUUUGAACAAGAAAAGAUACAGAUGGCUCUAACAUUCGCGAAGAAGUUGAAGUUGGAUGCACAGCCUGAAAACAAAGUGGUGGAGUUGAUUAAGAACAGGCCUCACCAACAGCAGGAUAACAGAAAAAUAGAAAAAGCAGACGCAAUGCACAGUAUGAGAAAGAACGUGAAUAAUUAA